AUGCCCUCUCAGAUCGCCCUCUCCAUCGGCCUCUUGGCUGCCGCCAUCGGCAUGGUCAACGCCGUCCCUCAUCACGAAUUCAAGCGCGCCAACUACGCCGUCUGCCGCAAGUACGUCGCCUCGUACAACGGCGGCCACAACGUCUACGCUGUCAACGAGAACAAGGGUAUCGAUGCCAGCGGCGCCAACAUCGGCCUCAACCUCCUCAGCCUCGAUGGUCAGACGCACAAGUCCUGGGACAACGUCCCCCGCUACUGUCUCAAGUACAUCAAGCAGUACAACGGGGGACACAACCUCGUGGUCGACAACCAGAACAAGGUGAUCGAUCUGUCCAACCUCAACUUUGGAGUCGACAUUCUCAAGCGCGAUGAGGACGAUGGCGGGUACAACACGUACGCUUCCAACCGAAACGAGGUGAUUGACGUAUCGGAUCUGUUGGCGGAUGUGAACAUUUUGCGUCGUAGUGCACCAUCGUUCUCCCACCCCACUCUGGGAAAGCGCGACGACGUUGCUUCGAACACGAACGAGAUCAUUGACGCCUCGCACCUCUCUGCGCUCAUCGAGGCGCUCACCAAGCGCGACUACGAUGACGGUGGCAACAACGUCGAGGCGAUCAACGAGAACAAGGUGGUGGAUCUAAGCGAUCUUAGUGCGCUCGUUAACGUACUGAGCCAGCGAAGCGUGCGCGGGUACGGCACCCAGCUCAACGCCCGCGACAUUCCUGAGUCGCUCUACCGCCGCACCAGCCCGGACGAGCACUGCACGUGCAUCAAGAACCCUCCUGGUGGCGGCAACGGUGGUAGCGGUGGCAACGGUGGUAAUGGCGGCAGCGGUGGCAAUGGAGGUAGUGGCAGCCCCGGUGGCAACGGUGGCUCGGGUGGCAAUGGUGGCAACGGUGGUAGCGGUGGCAACGGCGGUACCGGUAGCAACGGAGGCAGUGGUAGCCCCGGUGGCCACGGUGGCGCAGGUGGCAAUGGAGGCAACGGCGGUCAGGGUGGCAACGGUGGCAGCCCUGGCGGCCCCGGUGGCAACGGAGGCUCUGGCGGCAACGGAGGCUCUGGCGGCAACGGCGCAUGUCCAUCUGGCAACCCUCCCACUCCCAAGGACACAGCGACCCAGCCGCCUCCCAGCUCCAACCAGUGCGGUCCCGACGAAGUCUACGUCAACCAGGGCCACAACGUCUGCGUCUCGAACAAGAACGAGCUGAUCGACCUGAGCAACAUGACGAUCCACAUUGGCAUCCUCGACGGUCUCUUCGGCGCCAAGCAGACCAAGAAGGAGGUCUCGGCCACCUCGACCUGCGGUGGUAAGAAGGGAUGCUGCGUUCCCAAAUCGGCCUACUACUACAACGGUGGGCACAACACGCAGGUGACCAACAAGAACGCCGGUAUCGACGCCUCGGGCCUCAACGUCGGCGUCGAUAUCCUCUAA